GGGGCGGUGCUACAACGGAAAGGGCCAGGAGAUGCUGAGGCGAGGAGGGGCCGGGUGGCUACGCUGAGGGAGCCGAGCUGCUGUGUGAGGGCCCGUGCCGCGCGACCUCGCGAGCGCUCAGUAGCUGAGGGCACAGCAACGCAGUCUCCCGGCCCACUGAUGGAGCCACUGACCAAGGGGUCAUGUGGGAGUCAGAUGGCACAGACCCUCCUCUGGAAAGCAAAGUCGUCUCUCUCCUUUGGCAUCCAAUCCCUUCAGACAUGGCCAACGAAAGACCCUGAGCUAGAGUCCCAGGUCAACCUAGACAGAUACUAUUUUAAUCCCAUAUUACUGAUGAGGAAACAGGAUCAGAGUGGCUCUGUCUCGGAAGACCUAGGCUGUAGACGUGGGGAUUUCAGUAGGAAACAUUAUGGAUCUGUGGAGCUGCUUAUUUCCAGUGAUGCUGAUGGAGCUAUCCAGAGGGCAGGCAGAUUCAGAGUGGAAAAUGGCUCUUCGGAUGAGAAUGCGACUGCUCUGCCAGGUACUUGGCGAAGAACAGACGUGCACUUAGAGAACCCGGAAUACCACACCAGAUGGUAUUUCAAGUAUUUUUUAGGACAAGUCCACCAGAAUUACAUCGGAAAUGACGCAGAGAAGAGCCCUUUCUUCUUGUCAGUAACCCUUUCUGACCAGAACAAUCAGCGUGUCCCUCAAUACCGUGCAAUUCUUUGGAGGAAAACAGGUACGCAGAAAAUAUGCCUUCCCUACAGCCCCACGAAAACUCUGUCUGUGAAGUCCAUCUUAAGUGCCAUGAAUCUGGACAAAUUUGAGAAAGGCCCUAGAGAAAUUUUUCUUCCUGAGAUACAAAAGGACUUGCUGGUUCUUGAAGAACAAGAGGGCUCUGUGAAUUUCAAGUUUGGGGUUCUUUUUGCCAAAGACGGGCAGCUCACUGAUGACGAGAUGUUCAGCAAUGAAAUUGGAAGUGAAGCUUUUCAAAAAUUUUUAAAUCUCCUGGGUGACACAAUCACUCUCAAGGGCUGGACAGGCUACCGUGGCGGUCUGGACACCAAAAAUGACACCACAGGGAUACACUCAGUUUAUACUGUGUACCAAGGGCACGAGAUCAUGUUCCAUGUUUCCACCAUGCUGCCAUAUUCCAAAGAGAACAAACAGCAGGUGGAAAGGAAACGCCACAUUGGAAACGAUAUUGUCACCAUCGUGUUCCAGGAGGGAGAGGAAUCUUCUGCCGCCUUCAAGCCUUCCAUGAUCCGCUCUCACUUUACACAUAUCUUUGCCUUAGUGAGGUAUGACCAACAAAAUGACAAUUACAGGCUGAAAAUAUUUUCAGAAGAAAGUGUACCACUCUUUGGCCCACCCUUGCCAUCUCCACCGGUGUUUACAGAUCACCAGGAAUUCAGGGACUUUUUGCUAGUGAAACUAAUUAACGGCGAAAAAGCCACCUUGGAAACCCCAACCUUUGCCCAGAAACGUCGGCGCACUCUGGACAUGUUGAUUCGAUCUUUACACCAGGACCUGAUGCCAGAUUUGCAUAAGAACAUGCUUAACAGACGGUCUUUCAGUGAUGUCUUACCUGAAUCGCCCAAGUCAGCCCGGAAGAAAGAGGAGGCCCGCCAGGCAGAGUUUGUCAGAAUAGGGCAGGCUCUAAAACUGAAGUCCAUUGUGAGAGGGGAUGCCCCAUCAAGCUUGGCCACUUCAGGGAUCUGUAAAAAAGAGCCUUGGGAGCCCCAGUGUUUCUGCAGUAAUUUCCCUCACGAAGCUGUGUGCGCAGAUCCCUGGGGCCAGGCCUUGCUGGUUUCCACUGACGCUGGCGUCUUGCUAGUGGAUGAUGACCUUCCAUCCGUGCCUGUGUUUGACAGAACUCUGCCAGUGAAGCAGAUGCAUGUGCUGGAGACUCUGGAUCUUCUGGUUCUCAGAGCAGACAAAGGGAAAGAUGCCCGCCUCUUUGUCUUCAGGCUGAGCGCUGUGCAGAAGGGCCUGGAAGGCAGGCAGACUGGGAGGGGCCGCUCUGACUGCAGAGAGAACAAGCUGGAGAAAACCAAAGGCUGCCACCUAUAUGCCAUAAAUACUCACCAUAGCAAAGAACUGAGGAUCGUAGUUGCAAUUCGGAAUAAACUGCUUCUGAUCACAAGGAAACACAACAAGCCAAGUGCGGUGACUGGUGUCUCAUUGUUAUCUCCCCUGUCGGAGUCACCUGUUGAAGAAUUCCAGUACAUCAGGGAGAUCUGUCUGUCCGACUCCCCUGCAGUGAUGACCUUGGUGGACGGGCCAACAGAAGAAAGCGACAACCUCAUCUGCGUGGCUUACCGACACCAGUUUGAUGUGGUGAACGAGAGCACAGGGGAGGCCUUCAGGCUGCACCAUGUGGAGGCCAGCAGGGUUAAUUUUGUUGCAGCUAUUGAUGUGUACGAAGAUGGAGAGGCUGGCCUGCUCCUGUGCUACAACUACAGUUGCAUCUAUAAAAAGGUUUGUCCAUUUAAUGGCGGCUCUUUUUUGGUUCAACCUUCUGCGUCAGAUUUCCAGUUCUGUUGGAACCAGGCUCCGUAUGCGAUUGCCACCUGGCCAGCGGUGGGUGCUGACUGCCAUUACCUUGCAGUUUGCGCCUUCCCGUACCUCCUGGCCUUCACGCCCGACUCCAUGGAGAUCCGCCUGGUGGUGAACGGGAACCUGGUCCACACGGCCGUGGUGCCGCAGCUGCAGCUCGUGGCCUCCAGGUCAGAUAUAUACUUCACAGCAGCCGCGACUGUGCCCGAGGUCUCAUCUGGAGGCAGUUCCAAGGGAGCCAGUGCCCACAGUUCUCCUCAGACACCCCCAGGCCGAGACACUGCAGUAUUUCCUUCUUCCCUGGGGGAAGGUGAAAUUCAGUCAAAAAAUCUGUACAGGAUUCCACUUAGAAACCUAGUCGGCAGAAGCAUCGAGCGACCUCUGAAAUCACCCUUAGUCUCCAAGGUCAUCACCCCGCCCACUUCCAUCAGCCUUGGCAUCGCUGCCAUUCCUGUCACUCAUUCCUUGUCCCUGUCACGCAUGGAGAUUAAAGAAAUAGCAAGCAGGACCCGCAGGGAACUGCUAGGCCUCUCAGAUGAAAGUGGACCCAGGGCAGAAGGAGCACCAAGGGCCAAAUCAAAACCCCGGAAACGGUUAGAAGAGAACCAAGGAGGCCCCAAGCCUGGGACAGUGAGAUCGACUAGCAGUGACAGGAUCCCAUCAGGCUCCUUGGAAAGUCCUUCUACUUCUGAAGUCAAUCCCGAGGCCUGUUACCACUCCACAAGCUCUGACCAGGACCCAGUGGCAGAGAGGGAGGGCAGCCCCGUCUCGGUCUGGGGCAGCAGCCCCUUUCAGCUCACAGCUUCCUCAGAUGAAGACAUUAUUGACUUGAAGUAAACAGUCCAAGUGUUGUUGCCAUCCUUAGUUUUCUUAUGGAGGUUUAUACUCUUUAAACAGUUCUAACAUCAUUUCUCAACAAAAUGUGGCUCCAGCCUGUCAGCGAUCUAUUGGACCAAACUUUCUGCACACUCGGCCAGUUGGGUCACUUUCCAAUGCCCGGUGCCAUCUUUCUUGACCUUUGUUUCUUUCCUUUCAGGAACCAUCAGUCCCUUGUAAUAAAGGUGGUAGAUUUCAUUGAAGUUUUAGAUUGAAACUUUGAAUAAAUCAAAAAUGUUCAUUCUUAUUUACUGCAACUUCUCUUAUAUUUUAUAUACUUAGAUGGAAAAUUAUUUUUUCAGUAUAGUUUUGAUUUAUGUCACACAAUGUGUUUCUUUUAUAAAGAGUAGCCAUUGCUUUUUAACUUUAUUAUAAAUAAGUUUUCUUUCUGCACUGUUGGCCCACUGCUUGAGUUCACUGUGAUUGGAACCAGCUGUGUUCCUGUCUAUAGACUUGAGAAGAGCUGCAUGGUUGGAUCUCAGAAGCUCCUUCUUCCUCCUUGUGUCUCUUGAUAAAUAAUAAGGCAUAGGAACUUGUCAAAGUCUUAAGAUUAUUCUGUCUGAUUUUGUUACUGAGAUAUAACCAGGUUCUCCCUUGUGAUCAAACGAAUCCUCAAAUUCCCUCCUCUUGUGGGUUUGUCUUGCUCUUUCACAUGAACCAAAUCAUUAUCCUUCAGAGGAAGGAUACCAUGCAUCUGCCUUCCAGCUCCUUCCUCAGAGUGAGCCAGAAAAAUUGUGGAUUGGGCCUAGUGCAAAUGAAGUAGGAAAUAUCAACCUCAAGUCAGAAGAGAAAGAUGGGGAAACUCCAGUUUCACUGAUGUUUCCUAUAAAAAUUUUAAGCUUUGUGAAGAAGGAAAUUUACCUUUGGCUUUGGGUAGCUCAAUCCAUUUUAUUGUAUGUCUUCUUGCCUCCAUCACCCAUGGGAAAAAGUUUAAUAAUUUGCUCUAAAUUAUUUGUCCCCACGAAAGCAGCUUUGAUGAGUCCUACAAGUGUUCUUUUUAAGUGCAAAGGACUGUUGGACAGAACCUCGACCUGACAGAUUUUAUAGACAUUUGAAUCUUCUCUCAUCAUGGGACUGCGGGAAGACUCCCCUCUCUGACUUUUGCACAAACAGUUCAGCACAACACACCCAGGUUGAAAGAGUCUGGUUCCUCUUGGCAAGACAGGAAAUUCAAUCUCCAGCACCGAAAGAAAAGAAAGAGUAAUAGUGGUUUUUAGGUGUACUCAGGUGGGGCUUGUUAUAACUAGACAUGUCUCCUCCUACCCUUUGCAGCAUUUAGCAUUCCCAUUCUUUGUAUUUUGUUGCGCCUUUUCAUUCAUGGAUGGGUAUAAGAGGGGCCAGGAGGAUACAAAAUCAAUUAUAUGCUAUAGUUUGACACCACCAACAAUUUUGUGAAUUAGGGUCAUUAUUCCUGCUUAUCAAAUAAAGAAAUUGAGGUUCA